GGGACUCUUGCAUGUCACUGCGUGGAGCCGCAGGGACUCGGACACCAGAGCUGAACCUCAGCAGAGAUAGCAGCAAGCAGGCACAUCCACGCUGCGCAGGCUAACUCGCUUUCGGCUUUGGUUCGAGAUGGAGAUUCGUUGCUCCGUGAGGGCUUCCAGCGCCCGCAACUUUAAAAGUGGACUGAUACUGUGGUUGGUUCUGUGGCUGGUGGUGGUGAAGCCAGGCGGGGUUUCUGCAUGCCCCAGAUUAUGUGUUUGUUACCCCACGCCCAUGACGGUCAGCUGUCAGUCCCAGAACCUCACCAUAGUGCCAGCUGGUGUGCCCUACGACUCACAACGGGUUUUCCUGCAAAACAACCGCAUCACAGAGCUUCGCGCAGACUCUUUCGGCUUUGAGACACAAGUGCUUUGGCUGUAUGGAAACAACAUCACAUGGAUUGAGGCUGGAGCUUUCAGUAACCUCCGAAUACUUGAGGAGCUAGAUCUGGGUGACAAUCCUUCUCUGCGGCACCUGGAAGGUGGAGCAUUUAGGGGCUUGGAGAAGCUGCAGAGCCUGCACAUGCACCGCUGCAAGCUGGCAACUCUCCCCCAUGACAUCUUCCACAAACUGUAUAGCCUGCAGUUUCUGUACCUGCAGGAAAACCAACUCCACUUCCUGCAGGAUGAUCUGUUCUCUGAUCUGGUCAACCUGACCCAUCUCUUCCUCCAUGGAAAUCGUAUCCGUGCUCUGUCUGAAAAUGUCUUCAGAGGCCUGGUCAACCUGGACCGCCUCCUGCUCCAUGACAACCGCAUCCGGCAGGUCAAUCGGCGGGCCUUCCGUGAUUUGGGCCGCCUAACUAUCCUUUACUUGUUCAAUAACUCCAUAGCUGAGCUGCCAGGCCAGACCAUGAAAGACGUUCAGGGUAUUCAGUUCCUCCGCCUUAACGGCAACCCCUGGUCCUGCGGUUGUGAGGCCCGUGCCCUGUGGGAGUGGUUUCGCAAGGCUCGCAUCUCCUCUUCAGAGCUUGUGUGCAUCUCACCAACUCAGCGCCGGGGCCAGGACCUUAGAUUCCUUCGCGAAAUGGACUUUGCCAACUGCCCUCUGCCUGAUCCAGGCUCUCUGGCUGGAAGCACCACAACCACAUUCAGCACCAAGACCCGCUGGUGGUUCUCCAAGAACAAGCCGGCAUCUGCAUCUAAGUCCUCCUAUCAAAAGAGCACAGAAGGAGUAAAGUCCUUCCCCUUCCCCCCGAUCAAGCCUCAGUACCCCCCUAAAAUCCCCUCUGAGGUCAUUCCCUCAAAGUAUGAGCUAUCAGAGGAUGAGGCAGCGCUCCCCAAACUGGAACCAGAAGAAUACUGGGCCAACUAUGGGAAUGAAGACUCCUCCAUCCGCUGCUUUGAGCUGGAGUGUGCUCCAAGUUAUGACAGUGCAGCUUUUCCUUCAUCAUCCUCCUCAACCAUCACCCCAUCCCUGCUCUACCUGCUCUCCCUUUCUGUAGCCACAUUUUUCCUCCAUUUCCUCUUCAGCUGAACUGCUUUCUUUUCCAAAGUCCCUUUUGACUCUGAUCUCUUCUGCUGAUUUUUGGUUUUUUUCUUCCAACUAAAAACUGUAUGCUAGUUCUAUUCUCCUGGACAUUCAGGAGGAGCAACACGGAUGCAGAAGACAGGCAAGGAGACAAAGAGAUGCAAGGGUUAGAUGAUUCGAAUUAGAGAAGAGCAAAGUAUCAAUGCUGAUAGUUGCUCUGUAGUUCGUGGCAUGAUAAAGGUAAAGUAAAGUAAACAAUGCAGACAUUGUGGCGCAUCAUCACAGCUGCACAGGAGUCAGCGCUCGCCAUCUCAUCUCAACUUGGAUUAUCAGAUGAAAUGAAACUGGUUAGACUAAAAUAAUGUACAUAAGGGAAAUGAAGACAUGCAAAUCUCACGUGGAUAUUGGCCUUACUGUAAAUACCACAUAUGUACAUACAUCCACUGUACAUUGUAUAUUAAACUAGCUGGAUUUGUACUUUUAUUAAACGGCUGCUUUUAGUGAUAAAAAAUGAUAUGGAUAUGAUUAGAGCGCAAAAAGAAGGCAAAUUCAAUGUGGGACUGGGUUUCAUUUUAUAUCUUUGUUUGUCUCAGUUAAUCUAAGAACUCACCUGGACACAACACUUAAGGGAGUUCCUCAGAUUCCUCAGAUUGUGUGUUUUUAUUUUUUAUUGGUAUAUAUGUUUGAAGCUUUUAGACAAAUGACCAGAAGAAGUUUUGAUCACUCUCUAAAGUUGAACAAAAGUCUAAAAGGCGAUCAACCCAAAGGGUCUUGGAGCAGGUUAUAAAAGAAACCACCUGAGUCCAGCACCACUCUCUGUGUUGUGUAACCCUUUAGGUCACCGCUUUUUUCUCAUCCUAACUAAUAAUGAAGGUCAAACUAGGUCAUUAUUUGUGGAUGACAUGUGUUCCCUGUCAGUGUCACUUGUUAAAUAUCUGUCCAACCUGAAUCUUGACUGUCAGUUUCUGAUUUGAACAUGGAAGAUACUUGAUGUUGAGUGGUUCUGUGUUUUUCCACGAAAAAUAACUGCUAUUAAAGUGUUUUACUUUGUUAUAAAAUAAAGACAAACAGAAAUGAAGG